AUGGCUUCUCAAUCAGGCUCUGAUGGGGCCUUUCGCCAGUAUCUUCCCGACCUAAAUCAGCCACGCUUCCAGAAUAUGAAGAAGCAGGAUUCUUAUGAAUACGCCGAUGUUUUUAAGAAGGAGGGCCAACCGCCUUGGCUUCAUGGACUGUACUUGCACUGGCGUAACUUGUUUCAGGAACCCUACAAGGGCAUCACAAAUGAUGGUAUUGUAAGGGACGGUCUCUUUGAGCUGCAAGAUGAUGGUAUACCCAUCGACACUAUCGUUGAGGCCGCGAGUAACCUCUGCGCCAGUCUGAGUCAGCACCAGGCGCUCAAGACAUGCUACCACAUCGAUAGUCCUGAAUGGCGCUCAUGGUCAAACCCAGAGUUUCUCCUCAGCGAUAAAGGCAUCCGCCUUGAUGAACUCUCAAACGAGUUGAGAUCUAAGGCGCUCAAAGUUCUGGAACUCACGCUCUCGCCAGAAGGCUACCAAAAAGCCAUUGGGGCCAUGCGAGUUAAUCACUUCCUGGGCGAACUGGUCGAGACACCCGCCAUCAUGAACGAAUUCUCCUAUAACCUUGUUCUUUUUGGUGAACCUUCGACAACUCGGCCUUGGGGCUACUCAUUCUACGGCCAUCAUCUGUGUCUGAAUAUCUUCCUUUACAAGACUCAGAUUGUGGUGUCGCCGUGGUUUACUGGCGCGGAGCCUAAUCUCAUUGAUGAAGGACCUUACAAGGGUACAAGGAUCUUGGACAAGGAAGAAACCCUCGGGUUGCGUCUGAUGCAGAGCCUUUCACCAGAGCAGCAAAAAACAUCACAAGUGUAUAAGCUUAUGAAAGACCCCGCCAUGCCUCACGGACGGUGGAAUCAUGAUGAUCAACGCCAUCUAUGUGGUGCAUAUCGCGAUAACAGAAUCGUUCCCUACGAAGGAAUUCUUGUGUCCGAUAUGUCAACCGAGCAGCAGGAAUACAUCCUCGGCAUCGCAAAUGAGUUCUUUCUUUAUUUGCCGGAAAAGGCGAGAAAGCUGCGCCUGGACCUGUUGAAGAAGUGGUUCCAUGAGACUUACUGGUGCUGGAUCGGAGGAUACGGCGAUGGUGAUCCGUUCUAUUAUCGGAUCCAGAGCCCGGUUGUGAUAUUUGAGUUUGAUCACCAUUCGGGUGUGUUUUUGAAUAAUGAGGAGCCUGCUAAGUUCCAUAUCCAUACGCUCAUGAGGACGCCUAAUGGAGGGGAUUAUGGUAUGGCGCUGAGGCCGUUGAUACCGGGGAUUAAGCAGGAGUUUCUUUGGGAGGGGUAG